AUGGCGCCAUCCUCUCCGCCGCCUAAUUCCACCAGUUCAUCGCCUCUGAAAGGGGAAGGGAGGAAGAAAGAAGGGCUAGGGUGGAUAGAGUGGAUCAGAGGAUGGUUGUACGUGAUACACGAGAUGCUGUUCCAGAGAAUCUUGGCCAGUCACUUGCAGAAUCCUCUCCCGUUGCCUCCUGUCAACGACCUCACUUGCAUCGUCACCGGAUCCACCAGCGGCAUCGGCCGUGAAAUCGCCAGGCAACUAGCGGAGGCAGGUGCUCAUGUUGUUAUGGCCGUCAGAAACGUGAGGGCGGGUAGCGAGUUGAUCCAGAAGUGGCAGACUGAAUGGUCUGGGAAAGGCCUUCCACUCAACAUUGAGGUGAUGGAACUUGAUCUUCUCUCAUUGGAAUCAGUUGUGAGGUUUGCUGAAGCUUGGAAUGCUACUUCACGGCCUCUGAACGUCCUUAUCAACAAUGCUGGCAUUUUUGCCAUAGGAGAGCCCCAAAAAUUUUCAAGAGAUGGGUACGAAGAGCACAUGCAAGUGAAUCAUCUUGCUCCAGCAUUACUGUCAAUACUACUUUUGCCAUCCCUGAUCAGAGGCUCUCCUAGUAGAAUCGUCAAUGUGAAUUCAGUGAUGCACUAUGUUGGCUAUGUUGACACAGAAGACUUGAAUGUUACAUCUGGGAAGAGGAAAUAUUCAAGUGUUGUGGGAUACACUAGCAGCAAGCUAGCACAGGUCAUGUUCAGCAAUGUUCUCCACAAGCGCCUGCCUGGCGAAGCUGGAAUUAGUGUAGUGUGUGUCGAUCCGGGAAUUGUCCAUACAAAUGUUGCAAGGGACCUUCCAAAAAUUGUGCAGGCUGGAUAUAAUCUGAUACCUUAUUUCAUCUUCACUCCUGAGGAAGGUGCCCGUAGUGCGCUUUUCGCAGCUACCGAUCCCCAGAUGUCGGAGUACUGUGAAGUGUUGAAAACGGACGACCAUCCUGCUUGUGCUUUCAUCUCUCAAGACUGUCGGCCAGUGAGCCCUUCUGAAGAAGCGCACAGAACUGAGCAAUCGCAUAAACUAUGGGAAAAUACACUGGAACUGGUUGGUCUGCCACUAGACGCUGUGGAGAAGCUGCUCCAAGGGGAAGAAGUCGCGUGCCUCCGAUACGCAAACCACGAAAACGAAUAG